GAGAGUAAUUCGCUAUUCUGUGGCGGUUAGCCGCCGAAAGGCCGGCGGCUUUUAACGUCGGGCCAAAAACACACAAAAGGCGUCAGCGACAAGAUACAAGUCCAGGCCACCAAAAACACAUUCAACGUGAAAUCGAAUCCAUCACUGGAUGGACCUUGAGAUUCGUUUCACGAGAGCCUUAUAAAUCAACGAGCCUCCUCAUAAUCGAGCCAUCUCCAUCUCCUUCCUUUGUUAUAUAAUUUUAAGUUUUGCCCCGCUGCAACAGAAAGCAGCACUAAUCACUAAUCACACUGAAGCUAAGCUCCUCCUCCAUUCAUGGCUGCUCUAAGGACCUUCCUCAAGAAAAGGCCUUCCCUUUCUGCUCACACUGACCACUCUUCGUUCACUAGACUGUUCUCCACCGAGCCCAUCAUUGAUUCUCCUUCUCUUGCCCGGAGGAUCAGAGAUCUGCCCAAGGAUCUUCCUGCCACCAACAUCAAGAAGCAUGUUUCCCAACUGAUUGGAAGAACACCGCUUGUUUAUCUCAACAAAGUCACUGAAGGAUGUGGAGCUUAUAUUGCUGUAAAGCAAGAGAUGAUGCAGCCCACUGCUAGCAUCAAAGACAGACCUGCUAUGGCUAUGAUCAAUGAUGCAGAGAAAAAGAACCUGAUAUCUCCUGGGAAGACUACUCUGAUAGAGCCAACAUCAGGCAAUAUGGGGAUAAGUAUGGCAUUUAUGGCAGCCAUGAAAGGCUAUAAGAUGGUACUUACCAUGCCUUCUUACACAAGCUUGGAAAGAAGGGUGACCAUGAGAGCAUUUGGAGCUGACUUGAUCCUCACUGAUCCAACCAAGGGAAUGGGAGGAACGGUUAAGAAGGCUUAUGAACUUCUUGAAUCAACACCUAAUGCUUUCAUGCUUCAACAAUUCUCAAACCCAGCUAAUACUCAGGUGCAUUUUGAAACAACUGGUCCAGAGAUUUGGGAGGACACAAAUGGACAAGUAGACAUAUUUGUGAUGGGAAUAGGUAGUGGAGGAACAGUUUCUGGAGUUGGACAAUAUCUUAAAUCUAAAAAUCCCAAUGUCAAGAUAUAUGGAGUGGAGCCUGCUGAGAGUAAUGUUCUGAAUGGUGGUAAACCUGGUCCUCAUGAUAUUACUGGAAAUGGGGUUGGAUUCAAACCAGACAUAUUGGACAUGGAUGUGAUGGAGAAAGUUCUUGAAGUUAGCAGUGAUGAUGCAGUUAACAUGGCCAGAGAGCUGGCCUUGAAGGAAGGACUCAUGGUAGGGAUAUCAUCUGGAGCUAAUACAGUUGCAGCACUGAGAUUGGCAAGGUUGCCAGAGAACAAGGGCAAACUGAUAGUGACGGUUCAUCCGAGUUUUGGGGAACGGUAUCUGUCAUCCGUCCUGUUCCAAGAACUUCGGAGAGAGGCCGAAAAUAUGCAGCCUGUGGCAGUGGAUUAAUUCAUAAGAAGCACGUGUUGAUACAGCCAGAAAGACUUGCUGUGGAAGUUUCAUGUAUCAGCAUGCCUCUGUUACAAUCCUCUUGGAGCAGUUGUCAACUGUGAAAUUUGAGUUCAUAAUGCAAGCUAAUUACGAUUUUCCUGCCUCUUCCUUUUCCUUUUCCCCUGCAAAUGUUGUAGUUUGAAGCAGCUUUUGUUUGGCCUGAUGAUUCAAGCAAUUCAAUCCACGUCUCUAAGAAUGUGUGUCGUGUAAAUGUCAAUUUCAAGUUUGUCAUAGGAAAAAAAAAAAAAAAAAGAUGAAAUACAGUCAUAUUGUUAGCCCUUUAAGGCUUGAAAUCCAAACCCCAAAUGUUGAGCCUUGAACCCUAAGCCCAACUCAUCAACCCUCAAUGUAAUGUUUAGUACGAAAUAAAGUGUCUCAUAUAUUUCAGGGACUAAUUUGUCAAAAAUAAUUUGUUUUGUCCAA